AUGACGGAGGUGAAGGAAGCUCCCACGGCAACAACUGCGUUGGUCACCGCUGCUUCCGGGUCUGCGCUGGUGGUGGAAAACCCGUCUCCGCCCUCGCCUGUAAUCGUGCAGCCCCCGGUGGACACGUACUUGAUCCGGGGCCGGGCGCAGUCGGUGCAGCUCACGUGCAAGGCGCUGUAUGCCGAACGGAUUAUGUUCAAGUGCAACGACGAAUGGGUAAGCUGUAUAUUCAUUCCUGACUGUCUGACUGAACAGCUAAUGGAGGAGUGGUGUGUACGAGUGUUUCACCGCUGCUGGCCGAGUACCGGUGGGCAGACGCACGCACCAAGUCGUGUCGCUUAA